AUGUCUGUAAAAUCUUGUUUAGAUUCGAUAAAAUUACAUUUCGAGAAUACACCUGUUGAAGAAUGGUCGUAUAUGACAUUCUUAGAAUCGCAAAAACCGAUUAUCGUCUCCGAAGUUUGCUCGCUGGUUAAUCAAAAAUCUUUGUGGAGAAAGCGAUAUCUCACAUAUUUACGUAGCGUCCUGGCUACGAAAGAGCAGGAUGAUAUUAGCAAAAGGCGAGCAGCUUUUUUAAUUAAAGAGAAACGACCGCCCGAAGAGAAAACUUUCUGGAAUAAUGUUGCGAUUGAAAAAGGCUUACUGAUAACAAAUGAUGAUACAUCAUUUCAAGAUGAAAAUGAUGAUAAUGAAGAUAAUACAUUAUCUGAUGCAGGAUCGGACGAUGAUUACGAAACAAUAACAGAGUCAGGGAGUUUAGAUGAGCCACUCAUGGGGUUCUGCGGUUUUCAGGAAGAAGUCGUGAAACAAAUUUCAAUUAUGAAAAAUCUCGACUUUAUUUCUGAUCAUGAAGGAAGCAUGGUUCGAGACGUGUUGAAGAUCCCGAAAGCUUUGAAUGAUCUUCUCAGGACGGAAUAA